AUGGGUGAACUUCAGAAGGUGGCAAAAUUGAUUCAUCAAGCCAAAUUCUUCUACCAGCUGACACGCUGCCCUGCUCCUUCUCCUGAGGUGACCCCAAAGCACAGGGAAGAGGGGGCUGAUCUCUUGGGCCCCAUCCCAACAGACAAGACGCGUGGCAGAGGGCAGGCGGCAAGGAGGGAAGGGCAGGGCUGCUGCUCCACAGGGGCCCAGAGGAGGAGGAAGAGGUGGCUGGCGCAGGGCGGCCUUUGCAGCUCUGGGCUCUGCCUGCGACGACCACCGGCUUUGGCACCUUCUAAGCUUGCAACAGGUGACCACGAGGCCCACCCAGCCAAGCUCCACCAUCCCACCAACCAAGGUGCCUGGAGACCUUCUCAACCGCCUGCAUUCAACAGCAGUGAUUAUGAAACAGCCAACGGCCAUGCCUUCUCUUUGGGGUGUAGCCUGCACUCUUCUCGUUUCUUCCCAGGAGGGCUGGUUUCACGAGAAGCCGUCCACGCUUUUGGGGGCAAUUGGGGGGGACUUGGGGACUCCUCUGGAGAAAAGAGAUGCUGGAAAGGGCUGCUGUCCCUUGAGGACACAACCGGGAUUUCCUUCCAGCCUGUUGACCCCGUGCAAACACACACGCAGCCCACCCCACCGCCACAAGCGCCUGCUAGAGAUAAGCUCUGCAAGGGAGCCCGGUCUGGCCUCGCCUCGGCUAAAGGAACCAUUAAAGCAGCGGAGGCCCCGUGGAUGCGAUCUGUUGUCCCUGGCUAUUGGCAGCUGAUUAUAGCAACUCUUCUGAUUAUAGCAAAUCUGAGGCAUUUUAGAUGUGCGUCUGUAAUUAACCCUGCCAUCAGUAUCCCUAGAUCCUCUUCUUUUGUCUCCAUGACAUUUUGGAACCUCAGAAAAAAGGAAGCCCGAUCCAUCUCCAAAUAUAUCGACAACUUCCGGAUCUCCGAACCUUCCGCCGCGAGCUUAAAACAUAUUUAUUCAUCUGCGCAGGACUGGACUAGAUUUUAAAUUUAUAUUGGUUUUAAUAGGUUUUAUUAUUUAUAUUGUUCUUUUUAAUUAUUUGGCUGUGUAGAAUAAGUUUUUUAAUUGAUAUUUUAUUCUGUAUUUAUAUGUACUUUUUUACUUGCCUGUGAACCGCCCUGAGUCCCUUGGGAGAUAGGGCGGUAUACAAAUACGAUAAAUAAAUAAAUAAAUAAAUAAAUAAAUAAAUAAAUAAUUCCUUAUUCAUCCCUGACAUUUUCCGAUCUACCAUUUUUAGAUUUUUCUCACUUUGCUCAAUUCUAUUUUCAAUAGUUUUUAUUCUCUCCUCAUUUUUCUGGAUCACUUCUUGAAUUGCGCCCAUUCUAUCGUCCAAUUUGUGUAACUCUUGUCUUCAUCUCUCCCAUUUCUAAUUUUAAAUCUAAUUUAAUUUCUCCAUGAUUUUUUUUUUGGAGAUUUAGUUAAAUAUGUUGCAACUGUAGAGAUUAUGCCAAAUACCUGGACCAAUCAUAAUCCUCUCAAAAUAAUAUGGAAAGGGCAAAAAAGAAAGAAAGACAGAUGGACAUUGAAUCCACAAAUUUUAAAAGAAAAAGAAUAUAUUCAAAAGAUUCUAAAAGAAUUGGAGUUAUUUUUUAGAGACAACAAAAAACACCACACCUCAUUACAAAAUCUUUGGAACACUAUGAAAGCAUCUUUAAGGGGGAUUACAAUAUCAUAGAUUGCAAAUAAAAUAAAAUAAAAUAAAGAUAAGUGGAGAGAACAUAACAUUUUGUCCUAGGAAAUUAAAAAAUUAGAAAAUCAACUACAAACAGAUCUGGGGGAUGAACAAAUUAAAAACAAAAUGGCCCUAGGCAAGCAUAAAUUGAAUAUUUUGGACCAAAAAGAAUUGGCAAGAAAUAUAAAAUUUGCAAAACAAAAUUACUUUGAGCAUGCAAAUAAGCCAGGGAGGUAGCUGGCUUAUCAAUUAAAAAAGGAGAGAGAGAAAAGAGUAAUACACCAACUACAGGAUGAAAAUGGAAUUGUGGAAAGUAAUAUGGAGAAGAAAAAAGAAAUCACACAAGAAUUCUUUGAGAGGCUUUAUAGACAGGAAGAGACAGAUCGGGAAAAUAAGUGACUAUUUGAAGGAAGAACUGGGUUUUCAUUAAGGGAAGAAGAAAGGGAAAUAUUGAAAAGGAAAUAACAUUAUUAGACAUUAAAGAAGCAAGUUGGAAACAAAAAAGUAAUAAGGCCCCAGGACCAAAUGGGUUGCCAGGGGAAAUUUAUAAACACUUAGGAGAACAGGGAAUAGUCAGGGUUGGUGGUCGUAUCUUCAAUUGCAAUCUAGAUACAAAAAAGAUUAGAGGAAUUUGGAAUUGAACCGAAAUUAACACAAUUAGAUAAAUUAUUAACAGGCCCUGAAGAGAAAUUAUCUAAAAUAUAUAAUUAUUAAAUUUUGAUUUAGAAGAAGAAAUAGGGAUCAAUGAUAGCAUGGGCUAAAAAUACUGGGCACAACAUUGUGUUA